AUGGGUCAAAAUGUUAUGAAUCAGAUAAUUGAAAAUGUCAAAAAUGCAGGUGUGUAUAGUGUAAUAAUGGAUGAAACCCAAGACAUGAAAAAACACGAGCAAGUUUCUAUAGUUUUAAGAUAUUGUGAUACACAAUUAAACGUAUUUGAAAGUUUUAUUGGGUUUUAUAGAACAGAUAAAAUGGAUGGAGAAUCUCUUUCAAAUUUACUUAAAAAUACUCUACUAACAUUAGGUCUAAAAAUCGAAAAUAUCAGAGGUCAAUGCUACGACGGUGCAGCUUCGAUGCGUGGUUCAUACUCAGGAGUUGCUAAAAGGAUUAAAGAUGAAAAUAAACUAGCCCUGUAUGUACAUUGCUAUGCUCAUGUACUAAACUUAUGUGUAGUUGAUGUUAGUGGGAAAGUAGUACCAAUUCGUAACAUGUUUGGUAUUUUAAAUAAAAUUUAUACGUUUAUAGGAGCUUCUUCAAAAAGACAUUCAAUAUUUGAGAGAAUACAAAAGGAAUCAAAUUUAUCCAACAAUACUUUAAAAUCACUUAGUGACACUAGACGGGGUUGCCGAAUAGAAGCUAUUCGUUCUGUUAUAAAUAAUUUUAAUUCUAUUGUUUUAACCUUAGAAAAUAUAAAUGAAACAGACUCUACUCAUGGCCCUGAUGCAAAUUCAAUAUCAAAUAAUAUUCAAAACUUUGAGUUUAUAUUUUGUUUGAAGUUAAUGAAGUUAGUUUUUGAAUUAACCAACUCCUUGUCACAACAUUUUCAAAAAAAAAAUGCUAACUUCUCUACUAUUUCAAUAUUAACAGCAGCUACUAUUGUGGAGCUACAGUCUCUUCGUAGUGAUGAUAGUUUUGAUAAAAUUUGGACAGAAACAGAACAGCUAGCUUCCAAAGAAUCUAUUUCAUCACCCACAAUUCCAAGAAUAAGAACAAUACCUUCAAGAUUAGGUGGUGGUGAAACUUUAAUUUCGAGAAACGUUGCAUCAUAUUUCAAGACUAAUAUAUAUUUUCCUGUGUUAGAUAUAGUUAUACAUGAUAUAGAAACAAAAUUUGCAGAAAACAAUUUAAAAAUACUUAUUGCUCUUCAAAAUUGUUUAAGUACUAGAAACCACAGGGAUGAAGAUAUUUUAGAAGUUUGUAACACCUACAAUAUUAACUUUGAUGACUUAAAGGCAGAAUUAAAACUGUUUGGGAAAAUGUGUUCAUCAACUAAUAUUGAUGAACAUUUUGAAGCCCAUUUAACUUUGUAUUUAGAAAAAGACUUGAUUGGCUCAUUUGACAAUAUUUACCUUCUUUAUAAAAUUUUUCUUUCUAUUCCAAUGAGUUCUGCUUCAAGUGAACGUUCGUUUUCAUCUCUUCGUCGCCUCAAAACAUUUACAAGAAACACGAUUGGCCAAGAAAGACUUAGUAGCUUGGCUAUUUUACAUAUUGAAAAAACUUUUGAAAUUAACUUUGAUACAAUUAUUGAUCAGUUUGAUGCAGAUUCAACAGAAAGAGGUAGAAGACUUCAAUUGUCAUAG